AUGACCGAGUACACUGUCCCUUGUCGAGGCAUCGUAGCCUACUCAGAGCAUGAAUGGAAGUUGGAAGACCUCCUCACACGAGAACCGAGGGAAGAUGAAUUUCUUGUCGAGAUGAUCGCUACGGGAAUAUGCCAUACGGACAUUGCAGGCUAUGGUGGAAUCUACCCAAGAGUCCUUGGUCAUGAAGGCGCUGGCCGUAUCACAAAAUUAGGAAAUAAUAAACAAUCUUCGAAAUUCCAAGUUGGCGACCUCGUCAUUCUCUCAGCCGCAGCAUGCUUGAAUUGCAUGUACUGCAGUACCGGUCAUCCAGCAUAUUGUGUUGAACAUGCCCAACUCACAUCCGGCGCCAACGAGCCCAACUUCGUCCUAGCAUCCGACAAAUCAAAAGUCAUUGGAGGUGGCUUCUUCGGCCAAUCUUCCUUCGCAUCCCCAGUCCGCGUGAAAGUCAGCGCAGCUUCCAACGUGACCUCAACAAUCAAAGACGCAGAAGAAUUGAAACUUUACGCACCUCUAGGUUGCGGAAUCACGACUGGUGCUGGUGCGAUCACUCAUGUCAUAGGCCUAGCCGGCGUAGGCCUAGCCGGAAUCUCCGCCGCAAAACACCUAGGCGCAAAAACCAUUCUCGCAAUCGACCUAAACCCUUCCCGCAUCGAAUUAGCAAAAUCUCUCGGCGCCACCCUCACCCUCAACAGCUCCCCAGAUUCCCUCUCACAAUCCGGGCACUCCCUCAUCGAAGCAAUCCGUUCUCUAACCCCAGGCUCUCUCGGCUGCACCCACAUCCUAGACACAACCCCGUCCGUCUCAAUCUUAUCCCAAGCUCUCGAAUGCCUGCAGAAAAACGGGCAAUUAUUGCAAGUAGGUUUGAAACCUGUGGGCGCGGUGCUGGAACUCGAUGGUUUGAAACAUAUGGCGAAUGGAAGGCAGCUUAAGGGGGUAAUUGCGGGGGAUAGGGAUCCUAGUAAGGCGAUCCCGGAGUUAAUUAGGGAGUUUAAGAGGGCGGUAGAGGGGAUGGAAUCGGGGAGGGUGGUGAAGAGUGUGCUUAUUUGGUAG